AUGGGAAAGGGAUCGGAGGCGAUCGAUGGAGAGAAGAUGGAACCGCUGAGAGUCUCCUAUCCUGACGAUUUUCGAGGGGAGACGGAGCAGUGCGGGAGAGACGAGGGAGAAGAGAGGGGGAGGAAGGAAGAAGCGACAGGAAAGGCAGAGGCUGAGGCGGCAGAACAUGAGCAGGACAGCGCAGGGCCCUCUAGUUGUAUCGAUGUGAAAGUCGCUGUUGUUGGGGACGUAGACAGUGGAAAGACGACGCUGGUGGGCGUCUUGGUUGGCCACCGUCUCGACGACGGCCGGGGUCUGAUGAGAUCGACCAUUUUCAACUAUUCUCACGAGGCUACGUCAGGCCGCAGCUCUUCCGUCGCCACGGAGAUUCUCGGCUUCACGCGCGACGGCCGGGAAAUCAUCCCUUCACGCCAUCCUUCCCGAUCGUCGCAGCGUCUCCUGUCUCGCACAGCCACCCCCCUCGCGCCUUCUCCCCAUCGUCCAGGGUCUUCUUCCUUUCCUACCGUCCCUCCUUGCUCGAGGGCUUCCCAUGGCGCGCAUGCGUCGGGCGUCGACGAGAAGGACGCAGGUGGGGCCCAGGCAGGACAGCGAGAGCCUUCUUCUGGAGAAUUCAGACACCAGGAGCACGGAGAAGUUGGUCCGCCUUUUGACGCAUCUCAAGUGGCAACUGCAGACCAGGGAGAAGACGCCACGUCUGAGGAUCCCCCUGGGACCGCUCCCGCACCAUUCACAGUCGAAUCUCAAACGGAAUCGAACGCAAAGCACCUCUCCACCUCCCCGUCUCCUUCUCCCCCUUCUCUGUUUUCUUCUUCUUCCCCUUGCCUUUCUGCGGCUUCUUCUUUCUCGUCUGUCGCGCCUCCGCAUGCUGCUGCGCGACCGGCAGCCGGCGCGCCUCGCAACGCGUCUUGGCGCUCCGUUGUGGAGGAGGCGGCGAAGAUCGUGACUUUCCUGGAUCUUUGUGGCCACGCGCGCUACUUGAAAACCACCAUUUUCGGUUUGGCUGCUUCCUUUCCACACUACGCCAUGGUGGUGAUCGCCGGGAACAGUGGCCUGCAGCGAAUGACGAAGGAGCACUUGGGCAUUGUGCUGGCGCUGCGUCUGCCGUUCUUCGUCGUCGUCACAAAAAUCGACAUGACCCCGGAGCACGCCCUCAAAAGGACGGUCGAGUCGGUGUUCAAGGUGCUAAAGCACCCGGCGGUUCGGAAACUGCCGAUAAUGGUGAAGAAACGUGAGGAGGUGGAGGCUCUGGCGAACUGUGUCGCUUCUGGGCGGGUUUGUCCCGUGUUCUGCAUCUCCAACGUGACCGGCGAGGGCCUAGAUCUCCUUCCCGCUUUCUUGAGCAAGCUUCCUAACCGAAUCGACGUCUGUGGUCUCUUCGGGCGCGUUGACGAUCCCUGUGAAUUUGUCAUCGAUGGCGUCUUCUCGGUCCCCGGCGUCGGUCUCGUGGUCUCUGGAACUCUGCGCAGUGGCGAAGUCACCCAAAAUCGACAACUCUUCCUGGGCCCCGACAGGACAGGCACCUUCUGCAAGGUCCUUGUGCGCUCCAUCCACUACAAGCGCGUGCCCGUUGCUCGGGCCGUGAGAGGGCAGGCCGUCUCCAUGUGCAUUCGAGCUACCAGCAGGAAGGACCAACUGAAAAGAACUUCUUUCCGCAAGGGGAUGGUCCUGCUCGAGCCUCCUCUUCCGCUUCGGGCCUGCUGGGAGUUUCUCGCCUCCGUGUUGCUUUUGCACCACAACACGACCAUCCAGCGAGGCUACCAAUGCGUCCUUCACAUCGGGAAUGUUCGGCAGCCAGCGCGCGUGACCGACAUUUUUUCAGAUGACCGAACAGAGAAGAAAGACGUCCUUCGAACGGGAGACAAAGGAUUCGUGAAGUUCAGGUUCAUCCAGUAUGCCGAGUAUCUGACUGAGCGCGCACCGCUGGUGUUUCGAGAGGGCCGGAUGCGAGGCUUGGGCACCGUCUGCGAGGUGUGCUAA